ACAGCUUUUCUGAAGUGCUUAUAUAUCAGUUUAUGGAAACACCAACAAAAUCCUAAACUUUUAUUUCCUUCGUUUUUCCACUUUCAUUUCUAUCUUUCACUACCAUUGCCAUUUUCUAUAGCUAGCUAAUACAUACCCAUGGCUACUCUGGCAGAAGCUUGUAAGGACUAUUCUCUCCACCUCCACCAAAUCAUCCCUUUAGACUUCGAUUCUAUUCGAACCCUACCCGAAUCCCAUGUUUGGCCAGAAUCCGGUGAGUUUGAGUUCAAUGACGGCCAGUUAUCAAUACCCACCAUUGACCUUAAUGAUCCUGAUGCGGGCAACCUAAUAGGGCAUGCAUGUGAGACAUGGGGUGUGUUCCAAGUCAUCCACCACAACAUUCCCUUAAACUUAUUGCAUGAAGUUGAGUCGGAAACCAGAAGGCUUUUCUCUCUUCCGGCUAGACAAAAGUUGAAGGCCUUAAGAUCAGCUGGUGGAGCCGUCGGGUACGGCAGAGCUAGGAUAUCGCAUUUCUUCAAUAAGCAUAUGUGGCAUGAAGGGUUCACUAUCAUGGGUUCGCCUGUAGAUCAUGCUAGACAACUUUGGCCUCAUGACUAUCAACGGUUUUGUGAUGUAAUGGAAGGCUACGAGAAGAAAAUGAAAGAGCUAGCAACAACCCUAAUGCGAGUAAUCUUCAAGUACUUAGGCAUAUCUGAAGAGCAAACCAAAUGGGUUGGCUCGCCUGGCUGCUCUAGUGCUGCAUUGCAGCUCAACUCAUAUCCGUACUGUCCGGACCCUAAUCGAGCCAUGGGUCUAGCCCCUCAUACAGACACUUCAUUCUUGACCAUAUUGCAUCAAAGCAGCACCAAAGGAUUGCAAAUAUUCAAAGAAGGCGUCGGAUGGGUUUUAGUAUAUCCUACAAGUGGAGCUCUUGUGGUGAAUGUUGGUGAUUUCUUGCAUAUACUUUCAAAUGCCAGGUUUCCUAAUGUUCUUCAUCGUGUAAUAAUGAAAGAGUGCAAACAACAGAGAUUUUCCGUAGCUUUUUUUCAUUGCCCAUCUACUGAUUUCAGUUUAUUCCCUUUGGGUCUGAGUAGUAGUUGUGGAGAAUUUCCUCUAUACCGUUCAGUAUCGGCAGCGGAGUAUAUUGGCAUCAAGGCUAAGAAUAUUGACAAUCCGCUAGCUUUGAUUAGAAUUUAGGGUUCAAAUAGAAAGGGAUUCAUCUUGUACGACAUAUUUCUUUUGUUGUCUUUUCAUGAGAGAAAUUAUUAAAUAGACUUAGCAUGAUUAUAUGGAUACUUUUAUUUCAACACUUUACAUAUAAAGCUUGUAAAGAUUGGAAAUUAAAUUA